AACUCCAAAAGAAAGACAUGAAGGCUGGAAUCCUGAGCUGUGCACCCCAGGGCCUAGAUCCCACAGUGGCUAGAAUGGGGCCCUCGGAACCCUUGGGUGGGCAUUCUCUUGUUGCUGUGGCAGCAACAGAUCCAUUAGGGAGUUGAGGGAGUGAGGUUAAAGGGUUUAGGAGGGGCCGAGCACAUGGGGGAACUUGGCGAACACCAGGCCAGUUUGCUGAAUGGGCCUGUCACAGAGGCUAAGGCUUCGGCUGGGCUAGAUCACAGGCAGAGCAAUGGAAGUUUGAGUAAUGGCAACUUGGGCUUUCGGAGUGCAUCAUUUGAGAGCCACUGGCUUCAGGGCUCCCCGGGCACCUCACGGCUAGCCCCAGAAGACCCAGAGGAGGAGAUUCCCCCGGAGGAGGUGGCUGAGGAAGAGCUCAGCAUGGCCCCCAUUCUGAAUGAUGCUCUUGGACGAGACUUGGAGGUGGACGUGGUUGAAAUGAGCCAGCUGUCUAUCAAUGAACGGACUCCCAGCUUCUCCACAGCCAAGAGCAGGAGAAAGAGGGGCCAGAGGCUUCUGGAACUGGCCAAGCCCAAGAACAACUGGCAACACAUGAGAGACAGGCCCUCUGUGUACUGGACUGAGCGGUUUACCGAGGACACCACCUUGACCGUCACAGUCCCUGCUGUGUCCCGCAGAGUGGAGGAACUUUCGAGGCCCAAGCGGUUCUACCUGGAAUAUUACAACAACAACAGGACCACGCCCAUCUGGCCCAUCCCUCGGUCCACUUUGGAGUACCAACCUUCUAACCGGCUGAAGCAACUGGCUACUCCAAAAAUCCGAAACAACAUCUGGAGCAUUGACAUGUCCGAGGUUUCCCAGGUAUCCAGAGCAGCCCAGAUGGCAAUCCCCACCCCACGGACCCUUCAGCUGGCAAAGCCCAGGCCUCCAGCCACCCUUGCGGAAGAGUGGGACCCUAUGCCAAAACGCAAGCCUUACGUGUCAGACUACAGCCGCCUCCUUCAGCUGGCCACACCCAAGGCUAUGUCAGAAAAGUGCGUUCCUGACCGAAAUCCUCAGUGGGAGGUCCUGGAUGUCACCAAGAAAGCAGUGGCCAGUUCACGGAUCGUCUCCCUGGCCCAGCCCAGGAUUCGAAAGGACCUCAACGAGGGUUACAACCCGUACUACAUCUCCCCAGCCUCUCUGGCGGCCGAGGCGUCUCCUCGCAUUAACGAACUUGCCACCCCCAAAUACAUCACCAAGAAAGUCUGAUAGCCAGGCCUACUCCAGCUCACCCCUA